GGCUUACUUGAUUGGCAGCUUGCGUGUAGUUGUCGCGCGUGCUCCGGCAGCGAGGACAUUCAGUGGAUGUUUGAAUUUCUUACCGGGACAAUACAGAACAUAGGAUAUUACGUUAGAGGAGAAGCCUGGGCUUUCAGAGCUGCUGUUGGCACGUGGGCGAGGGCUGGAGUGACAGACACACCCUGUCUGCAAGCACACUGUGCUCUGUGUCAGCUGACAGAUGAGAGGGGCGUAGCAGCAGCCCUCGGGAGCUGGACUUUGGAUCAGCCUGCAGCAUCAGGUCCGGUCCCUCAGGGCUGCUUGGCUCUGUCAUCCGGGGUUUCAUAAUCUAAACAUGUCCUGUAACUGCGAAAUGGAACUGGUUUGAAAUUAACAGGAUUGCCUAAGGCAAACGUUUUGAAGCAGUCUGAUCUGAUAAAGAGGGAGGAUUAAGGCACGCCCUUUUUCAGUGCCGUUGAAGGUCCACAGAGACGCCGUUGCUUGUUUGAGUCUCUGCACUCUGCUGUGAGAUUGUCCUGUGUGCUAUAGGAAAAAUGACUGUGGCCAAUGCCAAUUCCACCACAGCCAUGCAGCAAGUCCUGGACAACCUGGGUGACCUGCCCACUGCCACAGGGGCCAAGGACAUCGACCUCAUCUUCCUAAAGGGCAUUAUGGAAAGCCCCAUCGUCCGCUCCCUAGCUAAGGCUCAUGAGCGAUUGGAAGAUGCAAAGCUGGAGGCUGUGCGGGACAACAACGUUGAGCUCGUGUCUGAGAUCCUGGAAGACAUUGAUGGCCUGAACAGCCAGGACGGCAACGCUGCCGAACUGUCGCGCAUCCUCAAGGAGCCACACUUCCAGUCGCUGUUGCAAGCUCACGACAUGGUGGCCUCCAAGUCCUACGAAGCCCCACCCUCUAAUUCAGAGGUCACCAAUGACAUCACGGCGAGCAACACACUGAUGCACACAGACUCCAUACGAAUGAUAGGAAUUCAGAAGAAAACGGGAGAACCCCUGGGCGUGACAUUCCGGGUGGAGAAGGGCGACCUGGUGAUCGCUCGGAUCCUGCACGGCGGGAUGAUCGACAGGCAGGGCCUCCUGCACGUCGGUGACAUCAUCAAGGAGGUGAAUGGCCACGAUGUGGGCAGCAACCCCAGAGAGCUGCAGGAGCUGCUGAAGGACUGCAAUGGAGGCAUGACUCUCAAGAUCCUCCCCAGCUACAAGGAGUCCCCAGCUCUGGCACAGAUUUUUCUGAAGCCACACUUCAACUAUAAUCCAGAAAAUGAUAGUCUGAUUCCCUGCAAGGAGGCUGGGCUUGGCUUCUCCAAGGGGGAAAUUCUUCAGAUCGUCAACAAGGAGGACCCCAACUGGUGGCAGGCACGUAAUGUAGUGGGAGGUGCCACAGGACUGAUCCCAAGCCAGUUUUUGGAGGAGAAAAGGAAGGCCUUUGUCCGGAGAGACUGGAAUGGGUCAGGAAUGCUGUGCGGUACAAUGACUGGGAAGAAGAAGAAGAAGAUGAUGUACUUGACAGCUAAGAACGCAGAGUUUGACCGUCACGAGCUCCAGAUCUACGAGGAAGUGGCCAAAAUGCCCCCGUUCCAGAGGAAGACGCUGGUUCUGAUCGGAGCGCAGGGAGUGGGCCGCCGCAGCCUGAAGAACCGGCUCAUCGUACUCAACCCAACCUUCUUCGGCACCACCGUCCCAUUCACAUCCAGGCGUCCCCGCGAGGAGGAGACAGAUGGCCAGUCGUAUCGCUUCGUCACACGGGUGGAGAUGGAGAGCGACAUCAAGGCCAGCCGCUACCUGGAGCACGGCGAGUACGACGGGAACCUCUACGGCACCAAAAUAGACUCCAUCCUUGAGGUGGUGGAUACGGGCCGGACCUGUAUACUGGACGUCAACCCACAGGCACUGAAGGUUUUGAAAACAUCGGAGUUCAUGCCCUAUGUGGUGUUCAUAGCGGCCCCAGAACUGGACACAUUGCGGGCAAUGCACAAGGCUGUCGUCGACGCAGGAAUCACCACCAAGCUGCUCACGGACACGGAUCUGAAGAAGACGGUGGAUGAGAGUGCCAGGAUCCAGAGGGCGUACAGCCACUACUUUGACCUCACUAUUGUGAACAACAACCUGGACAAGGCCUUUGAGGAGUUGCAGGCCGCUGUGAACCGGCUGUGCUCAGAUCCACAGUGGGUCCCGGUCAGCUGGGUUUACUGAGCUCUGAGCUCCAGAUGAACCACACCAACCUCAACUGGGGCAGCGGCAAAUGAUGUGGAGCCACGCUCAGACCACGCACAGUUCAGCUAACUGUACCCCGCCAGAGAACCCGCUGUACACUACGCAACUUUUUUUUACUCAAACCGAAGGGAAGUGUACUUAUUUAUUUAAAUUUUUAUAACUUUUUAUGGAACAACUUUCUACUCAUAUCUACUUGGAAACUAAACGAUAUCAAACAAAGCAGAGAGCACAUUUAGUUUUUUUGGAUUUGCUUUUUUUUGUAUUGCAGUUGUACCAAACAGAUGCUGUAUUUUGAUCUCCUUAUUACAAGAAAAGACUACUCAAAACUAUUUAUUUGAAAAAGGGUUAAGAGUGUGGUUUUUCUAGGACAAGUCACUACAGCAUGUUAAGAGUACAAGGAACUUUGUCCCUAAUCAAACCGUUUAUAGUUCGUCACUACGUUAACGCCACUGUGUCUCUAACUGAGCCUUGCUAAUUGUUCAUUCUUUCCCAAUCUUACAUUUGAAUCUAAAUCCAUGCUGUCCAAACUUAUCUAACCCAUAAUUCACAUUUCAUGUACUUUAAACCAAAUAAUUGGCAGUGUUGGCAAAAAGCUCAAUAUGUAGUUUAGAUAUUGCCUAAAACUUUUUUAGUUUGUUUUUGGGAUCUGAUUUAUUUGUUCUUUGUGGCAUAGCUAAAUGAAAGGAUGUGCUUUAAUCAUUGUGAUAUCUGUGGUCUGAAUUACUGCUCCUUUCACAAGGCUAUUGCCUCCACUUUGCUCUGUGGUUGUAUGUGUAUCUUUCAGGUUUUCCUGUUCUGUGUGUAGGGUUGUCUCCUGUUUCUGAGGCACACAUUUCCUCCAAUCAUGGGGGGCACGGAGGAAACGAAGCUCCUCCCUAGUCAUGUCUUUAGAUGUGUCAUCACCACCACCUGUUUUCAUCUGAUGGACAUGCUAACGCUACACAUUAAAAUGAAGAGACUUGUAUUUUAAGAUGUUAGUAAUACUGAAAUAAAUUUACUGGAGAUUUCA